AUGGCUGAAGUAUCUACCUCCUCUGGGCCCGAGUCACUUCAGGAUGCAGAAAAGCUCACUCAGAGUGAUUCAUCGCUGGAUUCGCAGGAAAAGCGGCAAAUCACUGGCUUCAAGUGGUUUUUAUUUCUGUUCAGCACCCUGACGGCGAUCUUCGUCUACUCGCUAGACAAUACGAUUGUUGCCAAUAUCGCUCCGAAAAUCGUCAACGAUUUCAACGCAGUCGAAGAUUUGCCAUGGCUUUCGGUGGGGUUUAUGAUUGGGGGAAUGGCAAUGAUACUGCCGUUCGGUAAGAUAUACACACUUUUUGAUGCCAAGUGGGUGUUCAUUGUAUCCACCAUCGUGUUCAUGGCAGCCUCUGCACUCUGUGGCGGAGCGCCAACAAUGGACGCCGAAAUCAUCGGGCGAGUCUUUGCUGGUGCAGGCGGCAAUGGAAUGUACUUUGGGUUGCUUGCUCUGAUUUCCAUGAACACCUCCAGCCGAGAACGCCCAAAAUGGCUAAGCUUGAGUGGCUUGGUCUGGGGUCUCGGGACGGUCCUAGGUCCUGUUGUCGGCGGUGCCUUUGAGCUGUAUACUUGGCGUUGGGCAUUCUACAUCAACCUGCUGUUCGGCGCCAUUUUGCUGCCAACCUAUCUAUUCGUCAUCCCAUCUAACGACCCACUACCCGGAACGUCGCGAUGGCAGAAACUGGCUACCUUCGACUGGGUGGGCACCGUACUCAGUGUUGGAGCAUUUACCACUCUGGUAAUGGGCAUCAACUUCGGUGGAACCCUUUACCCAUGGAGCAGCGGGCAGACGAUUGCGUUGUUUGUUGUUUCCGGCGUUCUGUGGAUCAUCUUCGGUCUCCAACAGGGCUUCAACAUCGCCACCUCGACCGACAGACGCAUUCUACCGAUCCACCUAUUUGCUCAGAAGGAACCAGUCUUACUCUUUAUCUCUUGUGCCGCAGUAGGGGCUGUUUCCUAUGUCAGCGUCUAUUACGUCCCUAUUUAUUUCCAGUUCAUCCAAGGAGACAACGCGAUCCAAUCUGCCGUCCGUCUACUCCCAUUCAUCUUCCUGCUAAUUUCUACCAUCCCGCUUAGCGGUGUCAUGAUGUCUCAUGUCGGCUACUACAAGCCCUGGUAUGUGGGCGGGAGCAUACUCGCCCUGAUCCCAGCUGUUUUGAUGUCUACGAUUAUUCAUGUCGACACCCCAUCAGGUGUGAUCUAUGUGCUUGAGGUCGUGCUGGGCCUCGGAGCUGGCGCCUAUACCCAAGCCGCCUUUGGAGUCAUUCAGGCUGUCGUAGUCCCGGCCGAGGCACCCAAUGGGCUGACUCUCAUGCUACUCGGUUGGUUACUUUGCUUCUCUGCCAUGUUCCCAGCUAACACAGAUUGCACAGCCCAACUAAGCGGCAUGACGCUAGGCCUGUCUAUCAGCGGCGCAAUAUUCGUCAACCUAGCGUCGAACGACCUGUUCGCCCUGCUCCCGGAGUAUCCGCAAUCACAGGUCAGGCAGAUCGUCUCCGGAACGAGUGGUCAGCUGCUCUCGUCGCUGUCUGAGAAGCUGCGUAAUCAGGCGCUUGUCAUCAUCGUGUCUGCAUGGCACUACAUUUUCAUCUGCGUGUACGUCGCCGCUGCUGCGAGCUUGAUAUGCUCGGUCUUUAUGUCGCAUAAAAAAUGCAACGUCUCGGCCGCUGCAGGCGGUGCGUGA